AUGUCACCCACUCUAAAUUGUGUUUCUCUUCUCUUGGUUUCAUUUAUCCUUCCUGUUGUAUUCUGUCACGAACCAGAGGAUUAUAGACCUGAAGAAGGUCUAACGGGGCACAAUGGCGUCUUCCAGGUACUGCCAUGGACAAAAUACGAACUCUCACUCAUCUCGUCUCUUCAUGCAACUGCCAACUAUCCGGAAGUCAUGAAAAUGGUUCGAGACAAGCUUCUGAUCUCUGACUUAGCGCCAAAUGAUAGACGAAAGAUUGAGAGAAUGUUGAAAAGUCUCCGACCGCCACCAGUUUUCAAUGACUUCUUAAAUGAGGGAGAGGCUGAUCAGGUCAGGAAAGCUCACAGUGAAAAGAAUGUAGAAGGUGUUCUGGAAGUGAUCUCUAAGAAACUUGAAUACCUGCCAGACUUCUUACGAGAUCAAGCGAUGACUUAUCUUGCAAAGCAUACACCAACCAUUCAACCUCCAGAACUUCUAUAA